CUCUGUUACAUUGGGGGAAAUGAUCUGACACAUCACAAAACCUAGUAACCCAAGUUCGUCUGUCGUUGGAAAUAGCUAUGGCCGCGACAAGUGUAACGGCGAAGCCGGCUUCGAAAUCUAAAACUAAAUCUAAAGCGACACUGUUAAAUGCAUUGGGUUACAAAAGUCUGUUGACAUUUACAAUUCUUGCUCUAGCAUGUAUCGCCGGUUUUGCUUCAAGAUUAUUUGCUGUCAUCCGUUUUGAAAGCAUCAUCCAUGAAUUCGAUCCUUGGUUUAAUUACAGAGCAACAGCGUACAUGGUCCAACACAAUUUCUACAAUUUCUUGAAUUGGUUUGAUGACCGAGCAUGGUACCCAUUAGGCAGAAUUGUUGGUGGAACAGUCUAUCCUGGCCUGAUGAUAACAUCUGGCUCAAUUCACUACAUCCUGCAUGCUUUAAAUAUUCCUGUCCACAUCAGGGAUAUCUGUGUUUUUCUCGCUCCUGUUUUCAGUGGAUUAACAGCUUUAGCCACAUAUUUCCUCACCAAAGAACUUUGGUCCUCUGGUGCUGGACUUUUGGCAGCCUGUUUCAUUGCAAUUGUACCUGGAUACAUCAGUCGUUCAGUAGCUGGAAGCUAUGACAAUGAAGGCAUUGCUAUUUUUGCCUUAAUGUUCACCUACUACCUGUGGGUUAAGUCAGUCAAGACAGGGUCAGUGUUUUGGGCAACAUUGACUGCCUUGUCUUAUUUCUACAUGGUUUCGGCGUGGGGUGGAUAUGUGUUCAUUAUUAACCUGAUUCCCCUUCAUGUAUUCGUACUUCUGCUCAUGGGAAGAUUUUCUAACAGAAUCUACACAGCCUACACCACUUUCUUUAUUUUGGGACUUGUGCUUUCCAUGCAAAUUCCGUUCGUUGGUUUCCAACCCGUUCGGACUAGUGAACAUAUGGCGUCGUUGGGUGUCUUUGCUUUGCUUAAUGCUGUGGCAAUCCUUCGCUACUUGCAAUCCAAACUCUCGUCCUCCGAGAUCAAGUAUGUCUUCACCAUCGGAGUCUUGAUCGCUGGUGCUGCCGUGUUUUGCGUUGUUGUUCUUCUUACAUACGCCGGAGUAAUUGCUCCUUGGAGCGGAAGAUUUUAUUCGCUCUGGGAUACUGGCUAUGCCAAAAUUCACAUUCCCAUCAUCGCUUCCGUCUCUGAACAUCAACCGACCACUUGGUUUUCCUUCUUUUUCGAUCUACAUAUCCUGGUUAUUACGUUCCCAGUAGGAUUGUGGUACACCAUCAAGAAUAUUAACGAUGAGAGAGUCUUUAUCGUCUUGUACGCUGUAAGCGCUGUCUAUUUUGCUGGCGUGAUGGUUCGUCUGAUGCUUACGCUCACACCUGUUGUAUGCGUACUCAGUGCCGUUGCAUUCUCUCGUCUCCUAGAAUUUUACCUAAAGGAAGAGGAAUCUGCUUCUAAGGGAGGAGAUUCGUCUGAUAAUGACGAAAAUGAUGAAAAGGGCUUGUAUGACAAGGCCGGAAAGUUGAAGAAAAUGAAACAUGAACAACAGAAAGACAGCGGGGCUGACCAGGGAUUGGGUAUCAACGUUCGCAGUUUUGUUGUCGUCGCGGUUAUGAUGAUGCUAAUGAUGUUUGCCGUUCAUUGUACUUGGGUGACAAGCAACGCUUAUUCCAGUCCCUCAAUUGUUUUAGCUUCUUACGGGCAAGAUGGAUCACGGCAAAUCAUCGACGACUUCCGGGAGGCAUACUACUGGCUUUGGCAAAAUACCCGUGAAGAUUCUCGUAUCAUGUCUUGGUGGGAUUACGGUUAUCAGAUAGCAGGAAUGGGUAAUCGAACGACCCUUGUAGACAACAACACAUGGAAUAAUUCACAUAUUGCAUUGGUCGGAAAAGCAAUGUCUUCAAAUGAAAGUGAAGCCUACAAGAUUAUGACUAAUCUUGAUGUGGAUUACGUCUUGGUCAUUUUUGGUGGAGUCAUUGGCUAUUCUGGAGACGACAUUAAUAAAUUCCUUUGGAUGGUGCGUAUCGCCGAGGGAGAGCAUCCUAAAGAUAUCCAGGAAAGCAACUAUUUCAGCGAGCGUGGGGAAUUCCGUGUUGACUCUGAAGCUUCCCAAACUAUGUUAAAUUGCUUGAUGUACAAACUUUCUUACUAUCGAUUCGGUGAUAUGAAGUUGGAUUUCCGCAACCCUGCUGGAUUUGACCGAACACGUAAUGCAGUUAUUGGACAGCGCUCAAUUGACCUAACUUAUUUGGAGGAAGCGUACACUUCGGAACAUUGGCUAGUUCGAAUUUACAGGGUCAAGAAACCGCACGAGUUUAAUCGUCCGAAAAUUGAUAAAGCAGAGAGAAGGUUUAUUAAUAAGUCCUUCGUGUCGAAAAAGACGGCAAAAAAGAAGAAGGGAUCCAUCAAGAACAGGCCGGUUGUCAUUCGGGGACAGAGACCAAGUGAUCAAUAAGUUCCUAGCCAGUUCAACCAUAAAAAGAAGACAAAUCUGCCUUGGAAAGAAAAAAAAAGUAGAUGUGGAAAGAAUCAACAAACCUGUUGCAAUUUUUCUUCCUCUGAACGGCUAUAUCGAUCACUAACAAUUCCAAAAUUUUGUCCAUUUGGUAUUUUUCGUUCUGAGUUCUGAGUGUUGUCACCAGGUAUGCCACUUUCAGAGGUAAUAAAACAAAUUUUAAGGUGGGAAUUUGA